CCCCGAACUGUCAUCUAGGAGCCGCGGCGCGGGUGGGAGGAAGAGGCCGCCCUAGCUGUGCGUUGUCGUCGCGGCCGGCGGGAAGCGAGCGCGCUCUCGAAAUCCUAGGGCUCCUGCGACCCCUUUUACAGCGCCAUGGCAGUCCCAGGUUGCAACAAGGACAGUGUCCGAGCAGGCUGUAAAAAAUGUGGCUACCCUGGUCACCUGACUUUUGAAUGCCGCAAUUUUCUCCGAGUAGACCCGAAAAGGGACAUAGUUUUGGAUGUCAGCAGCACAAGCAGUGAAGAGAGUGAUGAAGAGAAUGAAGAACUGAACAAAUUGCAGGCAUUACAAGAAAAAAGAAUAAAUGAAGAAGAGGAGAAGAAAAAAGCGAAAAGCAAAGAGAAAAUCAAGUUGAAAAAGAAGAGGAAAAGGUCUUAUUCAUCCAGUUCCACUGAAGAGGACACUUCAAAACAAAAGAAACAAAAAUCUCAGAAGAAAGAAAAGAAAAAAGAAAAAAAGAAUAAAUCAAAAAAGGGGAAACAUCACAAAAAGGAAAAAAAGAAGAGAAAAAAGGAAAAGCAUUCUUCCAUCUCCAAUAGUUCUGAAAUCUCCAAAAAGUAACUGAGACUUUGGCCUAAGCCAUUAAAAUAUAAAUUUUGGUUUUGAAAAUUAUUUGACCUUCCUUGGAAUCUGCUAUAUAAUUAUGCUUUGCAAUAAAUCACAACCUUUUCCAUAUAGACAUUUUUUUCAUGUAUAGGACCAUUAUCCUCUGGCAAUAUAUUUCUAAUGUGCUAUGACUAUAAAGUAUUGAAUCAGUCUUAUUACUUGAUUGCCAUGCCCCAAGUAUGGAUAUUUGUAUAUACAAAACAUAUCAUUUUUGGUAUUCGUAUCUCUAUGUGUCUGACUAGUGUUAUUCAUAAGUUGAUUGUAAAUGGCUUUACUACAGUCAACACGGGUAAUCUACCCAGCCAUUAAUGAGUGUUGCUGAAUCAAGUGUCCACCUUCCAGUGUAAAGUGAGGUAGGGGAUAAUGGUUUGCUCUUAACACUGAAAACUUUUAUCCUAUGAUAAUGUAUAAAGAUAGUGAAAUUCUUCACUGUUGUUUUAAAAUCUCUAGCCGUAUUUUGGAUGUCUUAGGAGAUGAGGCUGCUUUAUUGGUCUUGACUAGGACUUUUUAAAUGAACGGUGUCGGGAGGAAGAUGAUGAAAAUAUUUCUAACAGUUUCACUGUUUUAUGAAAUGCAGAGUUUCUAGUACCUGCCUCCUUUGUUUUUAUAACAAUUAAAAUAAUUCUUCAUUUUUUAAAAAGACAAGUCUAGUUCAGCCUAUUAGUAAAUCUUGUAAAGAUGAUGCUGUUUUGGGCAGGAUUUUUAGGAUAGACUCCUGGGUUGUUUUACAAAUGUGCCAUAUUGGCAUAUCUUCAAGUGAUACCUCAAACACAGAACUUUUUAUUUAGGAGGGUGACAGCUAAAUCUUCAUUAGAACUGAUUUUUAUUGUAUUCAGUAUGUAAAUUUUAUGAAGCUUGUUUCUAUGAGUAAUGUGGAAAAUUUUUAUAAAUGUUAACAAAUAUAUUUAUUUGUCUGAAAUAACUUGUAGUUUUGAAGCAGGUUUCACACUGACUUUAUAGUUUCAUCAAUGACCAGUUUGGGGUGUUUUUCUCUUUUACUUCAGUCAUAAAC